CCCAGCACUACUGACGUCACGUGACCGACUUCCCAUUUCAAACUAGCAACUUUGAAACCGCGUCCGCUGCAGCUAUGACAACAGUGUGUUAAAGAUGGGAGGACUAACACCGCCCGGGAAACCUUCACGAUCAAGACCACGACGAAAAGCUUUGAAAUGUACUGUAGAACUAAAACUCCAUGCUGUCACUUGUCCAGGGGUCCUUUUACCAUCCCAUGAGGACAUCUACUUGAGCGUCCGGAUGAUGGGACAAUACCACAAAACAAAGUGUGUCUCCUCUGCCUUCCCUCUUCUGCUGCAUGAAAGCAUGGUGUUUACUAAGACCUUCUCAGGAGCAUUUGACCCUGGAGAUAUAGCUGAUCAUCUGGAGAAUGAUACAACCUGUUUGGAGCUCAUCCAGCUUGUUCCCCCAGAGGGUGAAAUUCUGGCCACAUUUGCGGAGAACACCAGAGACUUCCUUUAUCCAGGCCUUAACCUGAUUCCACAUACCCCGGGUUCAGAGAGAGAAGUUCUCAUGAAGAAAUCUGCCUCGUUCCCGGGGAUUUCACCCAAAGUGGAAUUUUCAACCAUGUCUGUUAUUGAUGAGUGUGAUAUGAAAAGUAUCCGGCCAGCUGUCUCACCACGUGGAGCUUCAACCUGUCAUGUAAGACGUAGAAACUCAAUGCCAAGUGUAGCAGAACAAUGUGGCUACCAGAGGCCUACUGUAGCAUCACAGAGCCGCUGCCUAUCACCAUACACUCACCGUAGGAUGUGCCAACUCUCUGACGAUGCCACACAGCGCCUCCGCCACCUCCAGCUCGGACCCUACACCUUUAAGAAAGACACGGCCCCUCAGCCGCCUUUUGUGGUUCCUUGUAGUCCCAACUCUUCAUUAAUUGAAUCUCCAACACCAUCGUCAGCUCUACAGUCUUCACCUAAAACAAACUCCUCCCACCAGACAUCUGUUAGAGGUCAUUCUCUGCAUGUGUGUCCUGUAUCUCCUGGGGGGAAGUCCACAAUGUUCCUCAGCAGUCCCUCUCAUUCAAGAAACCUUGCUUAUCAGUCCACCCCUGUGUCCAGCAGGCGCAGGGACCAGAGUCCACUGCUCAGUCGCUCCACACUCAGAGAAAGGUUUCAGAGCCCAUCCAGUCCCUCACCAUCACAAGAGAUCCACAGACGCGUUCAGAAGAUUUUACAUAGUCAUGCCACUCCCCGCAAGCUCUCCUUUGAGGAGCAGAGUGAAAAAGGAGAAUAUUACCAGAAUAAACCUGGUCCCUCCUGCCAUGACUCACUGCGUCACAGCCAGCGACAAGCUGACAGGGUUAUUCCUGGUGAGCCAUCUGUUCAUUUAGAUAACGGAACAUUCUGGACCAACAAAGCUGCCAAAUACACCGGGAAGUCCCACAGAGCAGUGUUUGAGGACAGCCUUGGCAAAAUCUACAAGAACCUGUACAGAAAGGCAUCAAGUCCCCCACACACAGUGACUCACAAUGCACCUGGACAUAGUUACCUUUUCCAAGAUGGCUAGUUUUCCUUUAAGCCAGUUAUUUUUAUUUAUUUCCUUAUAAUCCAAAAUUUCUGUGCUGAUUUUCUUAAGCCAUGCAUAAUCAUAAUCAUAAUAAUGUGUCCUGGUUACAUGUGCUGAUUAUUUAAGUAAGGAAUAACACAAGGCAGACAUGCUAUUAUAUAGCAAGACAAUUAACAACAGGGAGGUGUGGCUCGGUUUUAGUCCUAUUAUAGCACAGCCAUUUGCAAAUGAUUAUUAUUUUUGCUAAUUAUAUAAUGACGCACUUCUCUUUUGUUCUCUCUUGAUGCUAACACAGCUCACGAUGUUACUGAGAAACUACAAACCCCUCUGUCCUGCUGUGACUAAUGUCAGAAAAGCAUUACAAAAGUUACACUUUACCCCUAACUGUGAAAAAGCUCUGACACUAGGACACUGCUGUUAAGUAAGGAACAACACACGACCAAGCGUACAAUUAUACAAAAAUAAUCCAGGCCGGGGUGAUGUGAAGCAGAAGAUUCUUUUUGUACCACACUACAGUAUAGGUACCAACGAUUUGCGAUUUGUCAAUGAUUACAAUGUGUAAUUUAUUAAUGAACAUGUCACAUUUUAACGGUUUAUAGUUAGAUUGAAUGCUAUGGAAUGUCUGCAAGUCAGUGGUCAUUAUUAUUCACAUAGUGAGCUCUCCUUUUCUCUCUCUCUCAAAAAUUGCAGCUUGUCAUUUUGUUGCCACAAAUUUGGAAGCAGACAAUUGCAUAGAGUGUGUUUGUAUGCUGUGGCAUUAGCGUUUCCCUUUACUCGAACUAAGAGGCCCAAAACUGUUCCAGCAUGACAACGUCCCUUAGCUUAAAGUGACCUCCAUGGAGACAUGGUGCCCCAAAGAUUGUGGUGGAAGAACUCCGAGUGUCCUGCACAGAGCCCUGACCUCAACCCCACUUAACACAUUUGUGAUCAAUUUGACCAACAUCAGGGCCUGACCUCAGUAAUGAUCUUGAGCCACGCUCCAAAAUCUAGUGGAAAGCCUUCCCAGAAAAGUGGAGGUUAUUCUAGCAGUAAAAGGAGAAUACAUUUGAAAUGACAUGUUCAAAAAACACGAGUGAUGGUUAGGUGCCCGCAUACUUUUGGCCAUAUAGCAUAUAUAAUGUAUAUAAAAAGUGACAAUUCAUGUUAUAGCUGGUACUACUGCAACGAAAAUGCACACUUUCUGACCAAUCAGAUUUAAGAACUCAGCCACACUGUGGUAUAAAAAUAAUUAGCCAACAUCUUCAACAGUGCUGUGGUAUAAUCAUGAACUUGUAGGUCCUCUUCCUCUGUGACAAUGAUGUAAGUGCUCUUUCCAAACAGACAAAAAAACUGAGCUACACAGGCGGCUGGUUUACAUGAUUUAUUGUUGAUCAGUCUGCGAGAGGUCUUAAAUGAGAACUGUCAUGUUGUCGAAUCCUCCAAACUGGUGGCAAAAGUCAAGCUUCUUCAGUCAGGAAAAAAAUGAAAAAAAAAGACAAA